AUGGCGGCGAACCUGCAGCCGAGCCCCAGGAGGCUCGCCACGUUCCGCAACUCGGUGUUCGACCGAUUCCGCCACUACCGGCAGGGCACGCGCUGGGACCCCGUCGCGCGCGCCCGCGCCGCCUUCGGCAACCCGCAGCUGCCGCUCCAGGGCGAGCCCCCGCUACUCGAGACGCCUGGCCAGGGCUCGGCGGUACUAGUCCAGUACGCGCCGAUGCUGCGCGACAGGGUGGACAUCGACCUGCUCUCCAGGUCGGGCGCGAGAAAAGACAAGGUGCCGGCCAAGAUCGUCGAGGCGUGGGAGAGUCUCCAGAGGCCGAAGAAGGAGUUUAGUCUUGCUGGUAAUCGCGUGGUCAGGUAUAAUCGUUGUCUGGGCUGGGACGGGAACGGGCUGGCGGCUGCUUUUAGCGAUGUUGAUGGGAAUAGGGUGACGGGCAGGUCGUGGGUUGCUAAGAUGGCCUUUGGGGACUCGGAGGAUGUGGGGUACUUGGAGGAUGAGAAGGAUAUCAGUAAGCAUACUCUGGUGUUGCUAUGUUAUAUACCGCAAGAGGAGCUAGCGAAAUCCGAGCACAUCGUCCAGCUCGUCGACUUCAACGGCGACGAACCGGUCUCCGAUGACGAGGACACGGAGAUGCCGGACAUGGGGAACACGGGGCGCAGGAGAAGCAGUGGUGCUGAGAAGCGCACGCGGGACGACAACGACAAACCGGCUGACCCGAAGAGACGGAGGACUGCUUCUGGGAAGCCGCCGUUGCCGGUCAUUAUUAUGGAGAUGCUCGAGCAUGGAGACUUGCUGCACUUUAUCUUCAAGGUGCGGGUGCAUAACGAGACGGUUCCGAAUACGGUGUUGUGGCGGUUUUUCGUUUGGUUAUAG